AUGAAGAGUCCAUUAAUCCUUUCUACUUUCAUAUUCAUUCUUCUUGUCAUCAUCUCUUCGUGCUCGUUAACAGCCGUUGCUGAUAACGAUCACGAAGAUUUUCUCGAAUGUCUUACCGAACGAUACCACAACUCGAUUUCCAACGUGACUUAUACCCCAAACAACUCAUCCUACGCAUCCAUCCUCCGAUUUUCCAUCCAUAACCUUAGAUUCACUUCUCAAUCGACCCCGAGACCCCAAGUAAUUAUAACACCCGAACACGAGUCCCAAGUCCCGCCUGUCGUCCACUGCGCCAGAGAAAACGACAUGGAGAUCAGAAUCCGAAGCGGGGGCCACGAUUACGAAGGUUUAUCCUACGUAUCCCAAGUCCCGUUCUUAAUCCUCGACUUAAUCAACCUUAGCGAGAUAUCGGUUGAUCCCGAGUCGAAGACUGCAUGGGUCGGGUCGGGCGCGACUCUCGGCUCCUUAUAUUACCGAAUCGCCGAACGAAGCCCGGUGCUCGGGUUUCCCGCUGGGAUUUGCCCGACCGUUGGCACCGGCGGGCAUAUAAGCGGAGGCGGAUAUGGAAGGUUACUCCGUAAAUACGGCCUCGCCGCCGACAACGUGAUCGACGCGAGAAUAGUCGAUGCAAACGGCAGAAUUCUCGACCGGCAGUCGAUGGGCGAGGAUCUUUUCUGGGCCGUCCGGGGCGGAGGAGGCUCGAGUUUCGGCGUGAUACUUGCGUGGCAAGUAAAACUCGUCGAUGUCCCCGAACGAGUCACAGUCUUCUCGGUCACCCGGUUGACGAGAGAAGACUGUGUCGAGAUGAGCUGGAUCGAGUCUAUCCUCUACUUCGCGGGCUUUCCAAUAGAAUCCCGCGAGGUUUUGCUAAACCGGACGCAACCCAAUUUGACGUAUCUCAAGGUAAAAUCAGAUUACGUGCAGAGGCCAAUUCCCGAGCACGCGCUCGAGGGUUUGUGGAGAUUAUUCUACGAGCCCGAAGGGGAGGAGGCCGCGAUUGUCCUAAUCCCGUACGGCGGCAUGAUGGAUAAUAUUUCUGAGUCGUCAAUCCCAUUUCCUCACCGGGCCGGGAAUAUGUAUGCGAUGCAGGAUUACGUGUCUUGGCGAGAGGACAAUGCUCUGAAUUCAGACAGGUACAUAAGAUGGAUUAGGAGGCUCUAUAGCUACAUGGCUCCUUACGUGUCGAGUUCGCCUCGGGCCGCUUAUGUUAACUAUAGAGAUCUCGAUAUUGGAGUUAACGGCAGAGCCGGUCCUAAAAAAUUCGAGGCCCUGGCUAAAUGA